CGUGUUCAGUGACGUGUUUUGUAUCAGCCUUUUUUUUUUUAAAUGCACGUUCAACCCUUUUCCAACACUGGCUGAUUUAAAUUUUAUCAGGAAUUGAACCUUCAGUCCCUUGCGAGCUUCUUGUUUUUCAUCAAUCCCACUCACCCCCUUCUAUUUAUUUAUUUUUUGCCUCGAUAGACCCGUUAUUCAGCCCAUCCACCGUCCACCCCCUCUCUUCUUUUUCCCUCCAUCUCCUUCUCUUUGGGAGUGCGACGCGCUGCGAAUCUCAGAAAUAAAAAGCCUGCAGCAGCAGAGCAGUGACCAUGGGUUCUCUGGUUCAAGCUUUCUGCUAACAGCAGACGGACGGAGAGCGGGACAACCGUUCAAGCCACAACCUCCACUGACACCACCUUUCCAGUGAGGAAGAAAAAGAGAGGGAGAGAGAAAAAGAGAAAGAGGCAAAAGAGAGAUAACAAGUGCAAGAAGGAGAGAGGGGAGCGGGUGAGAACAGUCGAUGGAUGCUGUCCGGAUUGAGGGGACAGCACGUUCUUCACUGACGAGGAAAAGAAAGAUUUCAAAAUUGAGUCGAAGGAUAGAAACUCGCCGUCAGGCAUGGUGUGUGAGAAGGGGAUCCAGAUCCUUCUCACCACCGUGGGGGCAUUCGCUGCCUUCGGCCUGAUGACGGUGGCAAUAGGGACGGACUACUGGCUGUACUCCCGCGCCCUCAUCUGCAACAGCACAGCCAACAUCACCCAGGAUGAUCCCCACAACAAGGACAAGAAGGACCCUGGGGCGCUCACCCACUCUGGACUGUGGAGGAUAUGCUGCCUGGAAGGAGUGAAGAGAGGAGUGUGUUCUCAGAUCAACCACUUCCCAGAGGAUGCAGACUUUGACCAUGAUGGGGCAGAGUACGUCCUACGGGUAGUCAGGGCUUCCAACAUCUUCCCGAUCCUCAGUGCCAUCCUGCUGCUGAUGGGAGGGGUGUGCAUUGCUGCUAGUCGUUUCUAUAAGAGCAAAAGGAACAUCAUCCUUGGGGCAGGAAUCCUCUUUGUGGCUGCAGGUCUGAGUAACAUAAUUGGUGUGAUCGUGUACAUCUCGGCCGCACUGGGGGACAUCUCUCCUAAGAAGGACGAGGAUAAGAAGUGGCAGUACUCCUACGGUUGGUCCUUUUACUUUGGAGGCCUGUCGUUCAUCAUGGCCGAGAUGGUUGGGGUGCUGGCCGUCAACAUCUACAUCGAGAAGAACAAGGAGCUGCGCUGUCGCUCGCGCACCGACAUUUUCAAGAGCACCACACACGCCAUGCUCCGCCUGCCCAGCUACCGUUUCCGCCGCAGAUCCCGCUCCUCAUCCCGUUCCACUGACCCCUCCCGCUCCCGAGACCCCUCACCUGUAGGGGGAGGUGGGGGCAAGAACUUUGGCCUGCCCCCUUCUGCGCUGCUUUCCCAGGGCCCCAUCUCAGUGUCCACUUUACCUAACCCCCACUCUCGCUCCCACACGGCCCUGGCUGGAGGCGACAUCUCCCUCUACACCUUGUCCCGUGACCCCAAACUGGGGGGUUUGCCGCCCAUGUAUGGAACGGUGGACAGGGCCACGCUCUACCAGCUCCACAACUGCUUCCCAAAGGAUGGGGGUGGAGGGGGAGUGAUGAUGAGCGGUACACUUCCGUCGCUUAAGUCCCACAAUCCUUCAAAUUCUUCCAACUCAAAUGCGCCGAUGCCCAACUCUGUGGGCUCCGGCCCUCCACCCUUCACCUCAUCCACAGUAGACAGGGAGCGAGGGAUGGGGACUCUGGACAGGCUGAAGGGAGACAGGGAGAGCAACUCUAACACCCUCAAUAGGAAGACAACACCUGUGUAGAAAGAGGGUAUGAUAGGGGGAGGCGAGGAGUAAGGGAGAGAAGAGAGAGGAUGGGUAGUGGUGAAAGAGGACAGAUAGAGAGGAGCACUGUGUUUGUGUGGCUCAACAGGAAAUAGACAGACAGACAAACGAAACGGUAUAUCUCUCCCUCCAUGUUCACUGUUAUUUAGUCUACUCAAUCUCACUGAGAACAAAAAGAAGAAGAGUAAUAACAGAGUGAUAAUAACAACAACAAUGAACUUUCACAAUAAAACUAUUUUGAUAUUUUAAUGUGCUAGAAAUGAUUUAUUUUGUUAAUGAUCAAACGCAAUUAACCUUGGGCUAUUAUGAAAAUGUUUCACAUAUUUUUUUGUGCAAUAUUACUGCUAAUUUAACCAGAUCAUUAUUAAUGUAAAAUUGUUGUUGUGAUUAUUCUUAGCGUUAUUACAGGCUAGCUAUAUUUGCAAACACUAUAGUUUGGAAUGAAAUCUUAAUUUUCGUGUUUUGUUUUUUGUUUUUUUUUUCACUUUAAUUUCAGAUCUUGACAACUUUUACUGUGAAUUUCUUCCAUGCACAGCCACUGUGACUGUCAGUGAGCUGUGUGUAACUGUGUCAAGCAUGAGUGUGCACAAUAUGUGGGAGAAUGAGAGCCUGUAUUAUUUUUUUUAACCCUCAUAUUAUAUAAUUUUCAUUUAUAACAUGAAGUCAGAUGUGAAUACUGUAAAUUGUCUUCCAAUAUUGAUACAGAAAGAAAUGCAACAAUAAUGUGAGUGACUGAGAUGACUGACCAACUUCAUUGUUAUUAUGAGUCUGAGUUUUCUAUGGGCCUCUGUUAGUCUUAUUUCCAUUCUAAUCAGUGUUAACAGUAGUACUUGUAGCUAUAGUCGUGUUGAAGAUGUUUGUUCUUGGGCAUUAACAGAAACCUCUGGCUGGAGGAAGCAGAAAAAAGAGACAUAGAAUAAUACAUUUGUACAGAAUCAGGUAAAGAUUGCUGCCUGAGCAGAAAAACAAAAAACCUAAUCAUUUUUUUCUAUGAAGAGUCCCAAAGUGACACAUGCAACUCAUCAUUUUCAGUGGCAAAAAAUACAAUAUGUAUAUGUGGGU